CAAUCAGCUCUUACCCCUUGGUGUCAAUAGGCGAGUUCCUUUCUUGUCUUGUCCAAAGGCUUUCUUUAUUCUCAUUGGAGAAAGACUCCCACAGCAAGGUUUUACACAUAGGGCAAGGCAAGAACUAAGAUGCCCAUUUUCCAAGAAGGAAUUGCACAUCUUAAACGACAAGCUCCAACGAGAGCAAAAGCUGGUUGCGUUUUGGAAACAUAUGUCUGCUGCUAUCAAUCCAAUUCUCAUACAAUCUCGUUUGCUUUUUAUCCCGAACGAAAUCCACUAUCUCGAAAACAGGAAGAAGGCGCUGCUCGAAGAACAACAAU